AUGACCGUGUGUGUGUCUCUGCCAGCUUCCAUCAAUGAAGAUGAGCAGGGCAUCAUCCCACGAGCCAUGGCCGAGACCUUCAGGAUCAUCGAUGAGAAUGACCUGAUCGACUACACAGUCCGAGUGUCCUACCUGGAGGUGUACAAGGAGGAGUUUCGGGACUUGCUGCAGGUGGACACAGCCAGCAAAGACAUCCAGAUCCGGGAGGAUGACAAGGGGAAUGUUGUGCUCUGCGGCGUGAAGGAGUUGGAAGUGGAAGGGCUGGAUGAGGUGCUGAGCCAGCUGGAGAUGGGGAACACAGCCAAACACACAGGAGCUACCCAUCUCAACAGGCAGUCGAGCCGCUCGCACACCAUCUUCACGGUGACCAUGGAGCAGCGGCGCGGGACCGGCCGCCUGUCCCUGCACCGCCGCCCCCCCACAGCGCCCGCCUCGGGACAGGUCCUGGUUUCCAAGUUUCACUUUGUGGACCUGGCAGGCUCAGAGCGAAUUGUGAAGACAGGAAACACAGGGGAGAGGCUGAAGGAGAGCAUCCAGAUCAACAGCGGCCUUCUUGCUUUGGGUAACGUCAUAAGUGCCUUGGGAGACCCUCGGAGGAAGAGCAGCCAUAUCCCCUACAGGGACUCCAAGAUCACCAGGAUCCUGAAAGACUCCCUGGGGGGGAACGCCCAGACGGUGAUGAUAGCCUGUGUCAGCCCAUCCUCCUCCGACUUCGACGAGAGCCUCAACACGCUGAACUACGCCAGCCGGGCUCAAAACAUCCAGAACAAGGCUGUGGUGAACUGCCGCAAGGAGACGGAGCACAUCGAAGAGCUUCACCUGCAGAUCAAGAAGCUGCAGAAGGCGCUGGAGCAGCGGCACCGCUCCGAGACCCGCAUCAUCCACCGCUCCGCCACCGCCAAGGCGUGCGCGCCGGAGCCCGCGGCGCGGCUGCUGGCCGAGUGCGCCCAUUACCGCACCUGCACCGACGCUGCCUACCGGCUGCUGAUGGAGCUGCAGGAGGACAGCAACCUGACGGUGGAGCAGGUCCUGCGGGUGAAGGAGUGGCUGUGCACGGGGGAGAGCGAGAGGAGCGAGCUGACCUCGGCCGGGCUGGAUAGCGGCAUCGAGAGCACCUCGACGGAAGAGCAGAGCCCCGAGGCACAGGGCUCCAAGCUGGCAAAAGCUCGGGUAAUGGUGAACACUGAGAAGGGGAGUGAGUCCAUCAAAGACGAGCAGGUUGCCAAACUUCAGAGGCAAGUGGAGCGCCUGGAAGAGGAGAACCGUGAUUUCCUGGCUGCCCUGGAGGAUGCCAUGGAGCAGUAUAAGCUGCAGAGCGAUAAGCUGCAGGAGCAGCAGGAUAAGAUCUCAGAGCUGCACAUACGCUUGGAGAUGGCAAUGCCAAACACGUGUGUGCCAGAACUGCUGGAAAGCCUUCACCUGGUGACUGCUGGCCAGAGACCCCACACGGCCCCUCUGGAUGCUGCCCCAUCCCACAGCCUCACUGGGGUUCCCUCUGGGCUCCUUCCCACUGAGCAGAGCAGAAGAGUCCUUUGCAGGAAGCAGCUCGACAGCAGCUCCUCCUUCCAGCAGGAGGACACAGCAGGUUCACACCUGAACCACACACAGAGCUCAACCAGCAAGGCAGAGAUCAAAGAUGCAGUGCUGAGGAGGGAGCUCAGCCAGGACUCAGAGAAGCCAGCAGAGCUGUCCUCAGGAGAGGAGGAGGAGGAGUGGGAACAGAAACGGUCCCUGUCCCAGCGCCGAAAUGGGAUCCAAAGCUGGAACAAGAAAGAGAUUUGCAAGCUGAGCGAGGAGCUGAACCAUCCUUACCCAGAAAUCUGUGUUGCAGAGGUCUGCAGGAGGCGGGAGCUGCUGCUCAGUCCCUGGGAGCGCCUGCCAGGGAAGGACUCCGAGUGGAGGCUGGCGCAAGCACAGCAGAAGAUCCGAGAGCUGGCGAUCAACAUCCGCAUGAAGGAGGAGCUGAUCACGGAGCUUAUUAAGACAGGCAAGGACGCCCAGGCUCUAAACAGACAGUACUGCCAGAAGAUCAGUGAGCUGGAGCAGGAGGCAGAGCAGGUGAGGACAGAGCUGAAUGACAGCCAGAAGCAGCUCCAGGAGCUGGAGGGCAAGGAGCCAUGGGACCCUGGGGAGAAGUGCAAGCUGCAGGAGUACCGCACACGUGUGGCAGCCGCACAGAGCAAGGCACAGGUUCUGUGCAAGAAGAAACAAGCGACAGAGAGGCUGGUGUCUCUCUCAGCCCAGAGUGAGAAGCGAGUGCAGGAGCUGGAGAGGAACAUCCAGCUGAUGCGGCGGCAGCAGGGGCAGCUGCAGCGCCGCCUGCGGGAGGAGAGCGAGCAGAAACGGCGGCUGGAGACCGAGGUGAACAAGCAGCAGCACCAAGUCAAGGAACUGGAACUGAAGCAUGAGCAGCACCAGAAAAUCCUCCGCAUCAAAACAGAGGAAAUCGCAGCUUUCCAGAGGAAGCGCCGCAGCGGCAGCAACGGCUCAGUGAUCAGCCUGGAGCAGCAGCAGAAAAUUGAGGAACAGAAGAAGUGGCUGGACAUGGAGAUGGAUAAAGUUCUUGAGCAGCGCCGGGCCCUGGAUGAGCUGGAAGAUGAGCUGCGGAAGCGGGAGGCUAUCGUGGCCAAAAAGGAAGCCCUGCUGCAGGAGAAGAACGGCCUGGAGAACAAAAGACUGCGCUCCAGCCAGGCCUUGACAGAUGACAUAGUGAGUGUGUCCAGCCGCCUGGAGCACCUGGAGAAGGAGCUGACUGAGAAGAAUGGGCAGCUGCGCCAUGGCAGUGCCCAGGACCAGCAGCAGAUCCGCCAGGAGAUCAACAACCUGCGCCAGGAGAAGGACCAGCUGCUCAAACAGAGGUUGGAGCUCGACAACAAGCUGCGUCAGGGCACCCUGCUGUCCCCAGAGGAAGAACGGAUCUUGUUCCAGCUGGAUGAGGCAAUCGAGGCUCUGGAUGCAGCCAUUGAGUAUAAGAAUGAGUCCAUCACAUGCAGGCAACGAGUCCUGCGGGCCUCGGCCAGCCUGCUGUCCCAGUGUGAGAUGAACCUCAUGGCCAAGCUCAGCUAUCUCUCCUCCUCCGAGACCCGAGCUCUGCUCUGCAAGUACUUUGACAAGGUGGUGACACUGCGAGAGGAUCAGCACAGGCAGCACAUUGCCUUCUCAGAGCUGGAGAUGCAGCUGGAGGAGCAGCAGCAGCUGGUGCACUGGCUGGAGGCAGCCUUGGAGCGCCAGCGCCUGGAGAUGGACCGUCAGCUCACCCUGCAGCAGAAGGAGCAUGAGCAGAACAUGCAGUUACUGCUCCAGCAGAGCCGUGAGCACAUGGAUGAGGGGCUGGCCAGCAGCAAGCUGCAGUAUGAAGCAAGGAUUCAGGUGCUGGAAAAGGAGCUGAGCCGAUACAUGUGGGCAAACCAGGAGCUGAGCCAGAGGCUGAGUAACAUAAACCUGCAUCCUGGACAGACCAAAGCAGGUAUGGAGAGGAGCAUUCCCGGGGCUGGGGACAGAGCUGUCCCUGUGCUGAACACCUGUGAGGAGCCCAGCCUGGGGGAACAGCUGGUGCCUCUGGCUGUGACUGAAGAAAGCCAUCGGGUGAGGGAUGAGAGCAGGGACCUGGUGCACGCCCCUUUGCCAUCCACCUGGCGCCGUUCCUCCCUGCCCAACGACAGCCCCGGGGAGCUCCGGCAGAGGGAGGCUGAGCACUUGCCCAGAGCAGCACAGCCCCAUGAGCUGCACCCACCACGGGGUCCAGCCCCGGCCUCCAGACCCCGCCGGGAGCUGCGCAGAGCCAGCCCAAACAUCGCCCCCAUGCCUUACCACCCGGUGAUGAUAGACGUGAGGAAGAACCCACUCUAG